AUGUCCUCGGAUGACCUUCUUGCACAGAGGGAGAAAAUCGAGCGCCAGAUUCUGGCGCUCGAGCGAAACCUUGGUCCGGAAAGCAAUUCCGGCAUUGAACUACUAUCUUCAGACAGUUGUGCAUCUGGUGGGUAUCUAAAGCAUGCUAUUAAAGUCAGGUUGAGUAAAAAAAUAAAAAUAAAGCUUUCUUGGACUCAGGGAUGUAUCCUUGGGAUUAGAUGGGGGGGUAAAGUUGCUUCUACAUCAUUGUUGCAGUGGGGUUCUAUAGAGGGGAGACCCUGACUCCUGCUCUAAUCAUAGAAUACAAUGUAGUCUCCACAACUCCUUGGCUGGCUUCCUAAAUCUGUUAUUUGUUUUCACUGUUGUCAGAUGAUGGAUCAGACGACAAUGCUUCUCAACCAGAAGAUUUGGUAAGACUCAUUGACAUCACCAAUAGUACCUUGUGACCAUGAUUUAUUUCAGGUGAAUUGAGAAAUAAUGUCAACCUGCUCUUCUAGGGUCCUCCGGGGAACCUGGAGGCAGAGCGGGAGCGUAUACAGAGAGAGAUUGAAGCGUUGGAGCGCACUCUUGGCCCUGGUGUAUCUAAUGCUGAGAUUAUGUCAGGUAGCUAUGGCCCUUGCCUUGUGUUGUUUCAACAGGUUAUUCGUUAUUUCGACAGGUUAUGCAUUGUUUCAUGGAUUUAAGUUUUCCUGCUAGUAUACAUUUAUACCGUGUGUGUGUGACCCCUUUUAUAAUGUGUUGAAACAGAUGUGGAUGGCCAAGGAAGUGCAACAGAAUCGGUUAGUAUUGAUUAGCAUUUUCGCAAUUCUAACACUCCAGUUUAACACAGUAUGUGAAGGAAAGUUACUGUAACAUGGCCUUGCUCUCUCCUUUCUCCCACAUCUGGUAGAGCGAAGAGGACAGUGCUGAGGAGCUGAACCUACCCCAGAACACAGAUACAUGUCUGCAAAUGAACCUGGUUUAUCAGGAAGUGUUGAAAGAGAAAUUAGAGGAGCUGGAGCGACUGUUAACAGACAAUCAACAGCAACAAGUAAGAGACCAAUAAAAGCCUACAGCUUAUCUUAAAGGUGCAGUCUGAAAUCUGUUCAAUUAAUAUUUUCACGUUUUUGCUCUGAGCUGUGCAAUGUCCAUGCGAUGUAAUAAUUUCUGUCCGUCUUUCCCUACAGAAAGAGAUUAUGUCUCAGCUGUCUGGCACAGGAACUCCCCAGGCUACCACAUCUGGACAACCCACACUGAAGCUUUUCUUGGGGAGCUUUCUGAAGCCCUAUUUCAGAGAUAAAGUCACAUUUCUGGUAGGGAUGAGUGCGGAUUCAGUACAAUAUGAGCAGGGCAAGUGGUUAUACCUACAUGAUUUUACAUUGCCUCUCUAAUUCCCACAGGGCCCACCCGCUAAUCCAGAAACCAGGGAGAAGAUGAGUAAGAGGAUCAGACCUACUGACGACGUCAAGAUGAAAAGAUGUGAGUCUAAAAAAUAAUGUGACAACACAUCACCAUUAUCGGAGAGUGACAUAUGUGGUGUCUUGGUGACUGUUAAAUUCAUGAUUUUGAUUUUUCAGGGGAGGGGUGGCAGAAGACUCUGCUGAUAAAUGCUGUAGUCAAAGACAGCAUGAAACGCAUGAUACAGCCCAAGCUGUCCAAGUAAGUAAAUGGUGAUUGUUUUCCCCUGAAGAGUAUCUUUGCAGAGUAUCUUUAAUCAUGCAUAUUAUCCUAUUAAAUGGAUUUUGAAAUGGGAAUGUCUUAUUUGCUCCUGUGCUUUUCAAAAUGUAGCAAAACUUCAUAUUUUUACACAGUUUUAUGAAAUGUAGGUAACAUCUUUAAGGAUUGGUGUUGACCCAAUGGCCUUCAUGAAUGACAUGAUUUUCGUCUCAUAGGGUGGAAUACCUUACACAGAAAAUGGCCAAAGCUGAAAACAUAGAAAAGCUAAUCCUGCGGAAACAAAUCACUGAAAUUGAAAAGGACAUUGAGGCCAUCAGGUGAUUACCAUCAUAACUAUUUUACGGGAAAUAACGAUCUAGCCAUUUAAUUCCAAGAUGACACCGGUUAUCAUGUCAGACAGGUCUGUUUUGUGUUCGUUCUCACUUUACAUGAAGAGAUUGAAUUGUUCAAUUGUAUUGCAUUGUAAUGUUCAUAGACUCCAACUUAGACUAGUAUCUGAAGCCUUUUGUGGUUCCUGAGUGAAACCAUUGCUAUAUAACUGUUGCCGGAUCUGCUUUCCCUUGCAGUGCACUGAAGGAGGAUGAGCUGCUGGCUGGCCGCUAUGAUGACCAUGACUGGCAAAAGAUUUCCAAUAUUGAUGUGGGUUGAGUAACUGCUGUCAUCUCCUCCAUUCAUAUCUUUUUCCUAUUGUUAAAAAGGUGUAAAUGUGGAGGCUAACAUCUUAUUCCUAUCCAGUUUGAAGGCAUCCGUGAAGCUGAGGACAUAAAAAGCUUUUGGCAGAACUACCUGCAUCCCUCCAUUAACAAAGCCAGUUGGAAGGAAGACGAAAUUGAGAUGCUCAAGAAAGUUGCUGUGAAAUAUGGGCACCACAACUGGGAUCAGAUUGCUGGUAAACUUGGGGUAAGAGCAGACAAUAUUGGUCAAAUAGCCUUAUCAUGAUCAUUACGCCCUCCUAUCGGUGGGAUCCAGAGGUGAUAUUUCUAGUCCUGAUUUGUACAGUUUGAUUGAUCGAUUUGACUUUUUUUUUUUAGAGAAGUGCCUGAUACUGAACCGUUACAUUUCUCGGUAGUAGGUAGAUCAAGUGUAAUUCCCUGAACGUCUUAACAUGACCAAUUUCUUUGAAUGUGUAAACUAUUCAGUGUUAUCCAUUCUGAACUCAUGUCCUCUCCCCUGUCUGUCACACACAGACCAACAGGACAGCCUUCAUGUGUCUCCAGACAUACCAGCGCUACAUCUGCACCGACUUCAAGAGGAGGAUGUGGGGCAGAGUGGAGGACGAGAUCCUUAGAGAGCUGGUGGAGAAAAUGCGAAUAGGGAACUACAUCCCUUACACCCAGAGUAAGUCCCCACCACCCAAUGUACAACCUGGCUUUUACUCAUUACCUAUGUUAUUGUUGGUGCACAUCAAUGACAGUUGUUGUUGUUGUCCCCAGCUUAUGCUCCUGUAAGAGCAUAAACUGAUAACUGAUGAUAAUGUCUGCACUCACUACUGUAAGUCACUCUGGAUAAGAGCGUCUGCUAAAUGACUCAAAUGUAAAUAUACAGUGGGGGAAAAAAAGUAUUUAGUCAGCCACCAAUUGUGCAAGUUCUCCCACUUAAAAAGAUGAGAGAGUCCUGUAAUUUUCAUCAUAGGUACACGUCAACUAUGACAGACAAAAUGAGAAAAGAAAUUCCAGAAAAUCACAUUGUAGGAUUUUUAAUGAAUUUAUUUGCAAAUUAUGGUGGAAAAUAAGUAUUUGGUCAAUAACAAAAGUUUCUCAAUACUUUGAUAUAUACCCUUUGUUGGCAAUGACACAGGUCAAACGUUUUCUGUAAGUCUUCACAAGGUUUUCACACACUGUUGCUGGUAUUUUGGCCCAUUCCUCCAUGCAUAUCUCCUCUAGAGCAGUGAUGUUUUGGGGCUGUCGCUGGGCAACACGGAUUUUCAACUCCCUCCAAAGAUUUUCUAUGGGGUUGAGAUCUGGAGACUGGCUAGGCCACUCCAGGACCUUGAAAUGCUUCUUACGAAGCCACUCCUUCGUUGCCCGGGCGGUGUGUUUGGGAUCAUUGUCAUGCUGAAAGACCCAGCCACGUUUCAUCUUCAAUGCCCUUGCUGAUGGAAGGAGGUUUUCACUCAAAAUCUCACGAUACAUGGCCCCAUUCAUUCUUUCCUUUACACGGAUCAGUCGUCCUGGUCCCUUUGCAGAAAAACAGCCCAAAAGCAUGAUGUUUCCACCUCCAUGCUUCACAGUAGGUAUGGUGUUCUUUGGAUGCAACUCAGCAUUCUUUGUACUCCAAACACGACGAGUUGAGUUUUUACCAAAAAGUUCUAUUUUGGUUUCAUCUGACCAUAUGACAUUCUCCCAAUCCUCUUCUGGAUCAUCCAAAUGCACUGUAGCAAACUUCAGACGGGCCUGGACAUGUACUGGCUUAAGCAGGGGGACACAGCAGGAUUUGAGUCCCUGGCGGCGUAGUGUGUUACUGAUGGUAGGCUUUGUUACUUUGGUCCCAGCUCUCUGCAGGUCAUUCACUAGGUCCCCCCGUGUGGUUCUGGGAUUUUUGCUCACCGUUCUUGUGAUCAUUUUGACCGCACGGGGUGAGAUCUUGCGUGGAGCCCCAGAUCGAGGGAGAUUAUCAGUGGUAUUGUAUGUCUUCCAUUUCCUAAUAAUUGCUCCCACAGUUGAUUUCUUCAAACCAAGCUGCUUACCUAUUGCAGAUUCAGUCUUCCCAGCCUGGUGCAGGUCUACAAUUUUGUUUCUGGUGUCCUUUGACAGCUCUUUGGUCUUGGCCAUAGUGGAGUUUGGAGUGUGACUGUUUGAGGUUGUGGACAGGUGUAUUUUAUACUGAUAACAAGUUCAAACAGGUGCCAUUAAUACAGGUAACGAGGGGAGGACAGAGUAGCCACUUAAAGCAGAAGUUACAGGUCUGUGAGAGCCAGAAAUCUUGCUUGUUUGUAGGUGACCAAAUACUUAUUUUCCAUCAUAAUUUGCAAAUAAAUUCAUUAAAAAUCCUACAAUGUGAUUUUCUGGAUUUGUUUUUUCUCAAUUUGUCUGUCAUAGUUGACGUGUACCUAUGAUGAAAAUUACAGGCAUCUCUCAUAUUUUUAAGUGGGAGAACUUGCACAAUUGGUGACUGACUAAAUACUUUUUUUCCCCACUGUAAAUGCAAAGCUCUCAGGAUACUGUCCACUGCUCUACUCUACUGAUUUGUCUCUGUAGAAAAAGUGCUUGUUCAAUAUAAGAUACUGUAGCUUGUCAUGGUAGUGCGUCAUGUGUUGGGUUCUGGUAAUUCAACUUGCUUUCUCCAUGAUUUCUGUUGUACUCCAGUCUCCUAUUUCAUGGAGGGCCGGGAUUCAUGCCAGCUGAUGUAUCGGUGGACUCAGGUUCUGGACCCCACCCUCACGAAAGGCUAUUGGUCUAAAGAAGAAGAUGAGGUAUGGGCAGGAGGGUCUUUAGCUUUUUUUGUUGGAAAUAGUGUCUUUAGCUUCAUCAAAUCUGUUUCAAGGACCUUUUGCGAUGUCCCCAUAUUUACAGUAUAGGUGUUUGAUAAUAUAAGUUGUGCUCCGAUUUUUGGUUGUUGUUGCAGAUGCUACUGAGAGCAGUGGCUAAACACGGGGUGGGGAACUGGUGGAAGAUCCGUCAGGAUGUGCCUGGCAGAAAUGAUGGCCAGUGUAGGGACAGGUGAGGACUAAUAUUGACUCUGAUCGAUUGGGCCAACGCAUUAACCAAACUCUCACGACAUUCACUGACAGUCUCCCUGAUGGCCACCCUAUUCUAGAUCAAAAAAUCUACCAGCCACUCAGAUGUUUUGGUAACACUUUACUUGACACCCAGGGUCAUAACACGUUAUGACACGCUCAUAACUAUGUCAUAAUAUUUCAUAACAGCUGACAUAACUUGUCAUAACCUGUCAUAAUAGGGUCAUAACACUGUCAUGACCCAUAUAUUUACACCUGUUGUGACAUAUAUUGCGUUAUGUUAUGGCUGGUUAUGACACCUGCCAAAAGUUUCCUUUCGUUUGAAAGUUUGUUUCUUAAGUCCUUUGUUAUUGUAAUUAAUAAUUUAGUCCCGCCCCAAAAUUCAUCAUAUUUUAAAUAACUUGCAGAGAAUACACUUUAUGAUACUGUCAUGAAGCAUUAUGACCAUCCUGUGUCACUUCACUUGGACUAAGAAAAUACACUUUGACACUGUCAAAAAGCAUUUAGACCAUCAUAAUCAUAUAAGCCAGAUAAGCCUUUCACGUACAUGCCCUUAUGUCAGACAAAAAGAGGGUGUCUUGUCCUGCUCCUGAAAUCAUCCCAGUCAUCAGCAACAGAGCAUUGGGGUAGGUGCAUGUCUGACAUCGAUUUGUGUGAAAUUACAAUGAUCAUUUAAUAUGGUAAAUUUCUGAAAAUGUUAUAUAACAUAAACAUAUUGUUGACAAGUAGGCUAUGGUGAAAUGGAAUGUUUUGCCUUGUGUGGUAGGUUUUGUAGGUUUUGACAAUCUUAUGUAUGUGUCAUAACCAGCCACUCGUCUCCCGAGUGGCACAGUGGUCUAAGGCACUGCAUCGCAGUGCUAGCUGUGCCACUAGAGAUCCUGGUUCGAAUCCAGGCUCUGUCGUAGCCGGCCUUGACCGGGAGACCCAUGGGGCGGCGCGCAAUUGGCCCAGCGUCGUCCAGGGUAGGGGAGGGAAUGGCCGGCAGGGAUGUAGCUCAGUUGAUAGAGUAUGGUGUUUGCAACGUCAGGGUUGCGGGUUCGAUUCACACAGGGGGUAUGAAAAAAUAAAUAAUGUAUGCACUAACUAACUGUAAGUCGCUCUGGAUAAGAGCGUCUGCUAAAUGACUAAAAUGUAAAUGUAAAAUAAAAUAAUGCAAUAUGUCACAACAGGUCUAAAUAUGUGUAAUGAAAGUGUUAUGAUCAUAUUAUGACAAGUUAUGUUGCUGUUAUGACAUUAUGACAUGCUUAUGACUGUCAUAACGUGUUAUGACGCUGGGUGUCAAGUAAAGUGUAACUGUUUUUUUUUUUCUUCCCCCAGACAAAAUAUACUUUUUUCAGCUGAAAUUACACCAACAAAACACACAAAAAUGGAUGAGCAUGCUUUGUAAUGUUUCUAAAACAAAUGUAUUACUAGUAAGACGUAACGUGGUAUAUUGUUUAAUUUCAUUUCUUGGUGACCGGAGUCUUUCAACCAAAAUGUCACAGAAAAUGAGGUUACCAUGGUAGCGCGACUCCAGUCAUGUUUGUGCCUGUGAGAUUGAGUCUGACUAGUAGAAGCGUUGUCUUCUCUUCCCUAGCAGUUGAAACUCAAACAUAGAAAAACAACCUAGCUUGUGAACAAAACAAUGUAAAUAGCCAAGAAACACAAGGACAAAGUCUCACUUCAGUAGAAUUUAGUUUCAAGUAAAUUAGACCAACUUUUAUGCCUAUGUGCAGCGCUUCUAGAAAUUAAUGUUUCACUCUGCUCUUUACAUGCACACAGCCCCCAGCCAGGCAGUGUUGCAGCGCGAGGUGGAAUAGGCUAUAUAGGAUUCCUAGUUUGACUUUGUGCGACUAAUUUACCAGCUAUGAAACAAAGCGGCAAAAAUACUUUGAAAACAACUACUGCAGCAUUUAUUUGACUACAAAUGUGAUCAUACUUGACUAUUUUUAUUCACAAAUGCAAGUGAAAUGCUCGCACUGUGGAGCCCUGACCACCCGCCAACAUGGCUGGUGAAAUGGACAUCUUACACACCAAUGCCAAAAUCUACCCGCAUUUGGCAGGUGGCGGGUGUUAAUCUUUGGCCCUGCAGCCAUGGUAUAUCAGAUCUUAUAUCACGGUAUGACAAAACAUUUAUUUUUACUGCUCUAAUUACUUUGGUAACCAGUUUAUAAUAGCAAUAAGGCACCUCAGGGGUUUGUAUUAUAUGGCCAAUAUACCAUGGCUAAGGGCUGUAUCCAGGCACUCCGCGUUGCGUCAUGUGUAAGAAAAGCCCUUAGCCAUGGUAUAUUGGCCAUAUACCACACCCCCUGGGGCCUUAUUGCUUAAUUAGAACAUACUGUCACUGACAAACCGUUGUUCCAUUCUGUAGGUACGUGGACGUCCUGAUUGGGAACGUGAAGAAGGGGCCCUUUGACGAGGAGGAAAAGGCGCAACUCAGACGAUUGGUGGAGAAAUAUGGAUGUAGGAACUGCUAUAGAAAGCUGACUCGCACAGAAACUAUAUCAAAAAUAAUCAGGUUACCUUUCUUGAUAAUGGUCUAACAGUUUAUUUUGUCCUUUUUUUAAUAGGUAAAUGGUCUAAGAUAGCUGCAGAAAUGCCUAACAGAAUUGACUGCCAGGUCCUUCAACAGUGGAGGAGAAUGAGUGGGUACAAGGUGAGUGUUGACUAUGUAGCCUUAUUGUCCUUCUCAACUCAAUCUGUGACACUGGACACAGUUCAUUACUCUCUUGUUUUUGUAAAUAGCCCAAACCUCGGAGGGACAGAAGGAGAAGAGGAUUGCAGAGAAAGGCAGUGGCUGUGAGGAGCAUCAAGAGUAGGCUGAAGAGGCUAGACGAUGAUGUGCACUCAAGCUCCGAUGAAGAGGAGAGCGUCAAGAUGGAAUUUAUGGACAGUGACGAUGAGAAGAAAGAGAAGUUAUUUGAACUGUACGGGUCUGAUCAGGAAAGUGACAUUUUCGAAGACUACACCCAACCAGACAUGGAGCAAUGGAUCCCCAUGCCAGAGAAGCAGUUUGAAGGGCCGGGGAUGUUGAGGAGCAUGAUGGUUGAACGGCCCAGCGAGGACACAACGCAAGAGCAGGAAGUGACGGACAGCCAUGCCGCAGCACGCAAGUUCAUGGUGGUACGCUCUACCGUCCUGGACCGCUUUGGCAAGCCUGCUGCCACUGUCAUUGGACAAAACCCCCCAAUCCUGGCAAAGAAGGUACUGGCAUUUAUUUAUAAACAGUCAUGUGAUUCGUUGCACCAUUAUGUGUAUAGCUUAUACAGAUUUUGAACACCCGUCCCUAGAUGAGCCUUUAUGAAGUUGUCAACCUAAAAUGUAUGCAACCAUUGUCAUUUUGUUCCCAAAUACCACCAUCAUCAUAAAGCAGAGACUAGAUCUGCAUCAGUACCCAUAGCUACAUAUUUACUUAAUCGGAGUGCAUCACAGAAGGGGAUCACUAGGCAGUUAACAUUAAUAAACAUUCAAUCAUUCAUCAGCUGUGUAGCUCAUUUAAAGUGAGUCUCUUUGUUUAUGAACUCUGAAAUAUGAUUAUUAUUUUAGAAUAUGUAGUAAAGUUAGCUGGCUAACCCAUUGAUUCCUGCUUUGUGACGUAAGUAAAGCAGCGUGUGACAUUCUCUGUAUGUGUUCCUUCUAAAGGAUUACAACAGUGACCUGGCCAUGCUCAAGGUGUGCUAUGGAGAGGUGAGAAACCUGAUUGCUUGGAAGAAAACAAAUGCCACAAAACAUGUAAGUCGCCAGGGGACACACAUUUUUUUGCCUCUCUUAUUUAUGUGGUGAAACAGGUGUUUCAAUUGCUUUUUAUCCCAAACAAAGAUGAUUCCAGUGGAUACAUUUUUGUUCAUUUGUCAGAAUAGAUUUAGUGAAAAUGAUAUAUAUUUUUAAAGGAAGUGACACAGAUUGAGCUUUGUUAAUACAGAUGUCUUCUCCUUGUAAUGCCUGUGACGCAUGUCUUCUGUUUUCUGUCCCAUGUAAAUGUCUGCAGAAAAACAGUGGGUCUACGAGCGGAGACCAGGGGAAGCCCCACAAUUCCUCAAGGCAAAAGGACUCCUCUGCCAACAGUGAAACCUACACAACUCUCAACUAUUCCCUUCAGUUGGCAGUCACUCCCUGGGUGGGCAAUGUGCUUAUGCCCCCACCAACCUCUUCAAACAAGCUCCGUGAAGGUACUUUACGAGUUGUCACAGGCAAUACGUCCCAACUUCUCUCACUUGUAGAAAAGUAAAAUGAGCAUUCUUGUUGUUACAUAAUGGGUUUUGGAAGACUGAACCAAGGACUUGACUUGAUCGAGAGUUAUAUACAGUAAGUGUACAAAACAUUAGGAACACCUGCUCUUUCCAUGCCAUAGACUGACCAGGUGAAAGCUAUGAUCCCUUAUUGAUAUCACUUGUUAAAUCCACUUCAGUCAGUGUAGAUGAAGUGGAGGAGACAGGUUAAAGAAUGAUUUUUGAGACAUGGAUUGUGUAUGUGUGCCAUUCAGAGGGCAAGACAAAAUAUUUAAGUGCCUUUGAAUGGGGUAUGGUAGUAGGUGCCAGGCACACUGGUUUGUGUAUCAACAACUGCAACGCUGCUGGGUUUUUCUCACUCAACAGUUUUCCGUGUGUAUCAAAAAUGGUCCACCACACAAAGGACAUCCAGCCAACUUGACACAACUGUGGGAAGCAUUGGAGUCAACAUGGGCCAGCAUCCCUGUGGAACGCUUUUGACACUUUGUAGAGUCCAUGCCCUGACGAAUUGAGGCUCUUCUGAGGGCAAAAAGGGGGGUGGAACUCAACAUUAGCAAGGCGUUCCUAAUGUUUUGUGAACUCAGUGUAUAUAGAGAGUUGGGCCAGGUUUUAGAACGGCUGCCAUGUUAGCGCCUUUAUUCUAGACAUUUUGGUGACGUAACAAUACAAGAGCGCCUCCAACAGUUCCCUAUGGAAUGACCCGCUGUAAACAAGCAGAACAGAGCAACGAAUUUCAUUUUUAUUGAUUAGCAUUUGGGAUGAUGUGUAUCCAAGUCUGUACUGUGUUGUGGUGUCAACAAAUUGCAUAUCUGCUUUCACUGGACGUCUUCAUAGGUUUGAAAACUAUCAGAAAUAAACAGCACAAUGCAGAAGCUUCACUUAUCACUUAGCAAUGGCUAUGGAGGAGAAAAGUGCUGGCCCAUGUUAAUUCCAAUGCUUCCCACAGUUAUGUCAAGUUGGCUGGAUGUUCUUUGGGUGGUUGGACCAUUCUUGAUACACACGGGAAACUGUUGAGCAUGAAAAACCCAGCAGCGUUGCAGUUCUUGACACAAACCGGUGCGCCUGGCACCUACUACCAUACUCCGUUCAAAGGCACUUAAAUAUUUUGUCUUGCCCAUUCACCCUCUUAAUGUCACACAUACACAAUCCAUGUCUCAAUUGUCUUAAAAAUCCUUCUUUAACCCGUCUCCUCCAUCCUCCUUCAUCUAUACUGAAUGAAUUGUAUAUAACAAGUGACAUCAAUAAGGGAUCAUAACUUUCACCUGGUCAGUCUAUGUCAUGGAAAGAGCAGGUGUUCUUAAUGUUUUAUAUAGUCAGUGUAUAUGACUCUAAAUGUAUCCUACUUUCUCUUGUUUUUGUAGCGGACAUGGUACGAGAGAGAUCAGAGAGCAUUGGACUCACCAAGACCCCAGUGUUCUUGUUCUUUCUGCAGGUAGGGAAUGAACCCAUAAAGGCAAAGUUUUAUAUGAAUGAGCACAAUUAUGCCAUUAUGUUAGUUGGGUUUUACUUACGGAUGCAAGCACCUAGGCCUAUGCAGAAAUUCUGGCAUGUAUUCUAAUGCUGAUAGACAGGCACGAAUUACCUCAAGCUACAUAUCAACAACAUAUGUUCUUUAUUGGCAUAUCAAGAGCACAUGACUAGCUAUUAUGGUACACAAUUAAUGCAUCAUAACAUCAGUCCAGAAUAUCAGAAAAGGGUUAACUGAUAAUAAUGCCAUAUUUUGAAUCCAGUGUCAGCCGAUCCUGAUCAUAUGAACAUUAUAUAAUGCAUUUUCUAAUGUGAUCUGAAACAGGUCCUCCGUGUAGAUGCUGAGGGCUGUAAGCAGAUAAUUAAAAUGCGUAACAAACAAGUGAGUAUAAUUUACUACACUAUAAACAAAAAGUCCUCAUACUUUACAACCUUUACACAGUUUUAUGUUUUUGCAUGUAUAAUAAUUGCUACUUACGGUGCAUUCGGAAAGUAUUCAGACCCCUUGACUUUUUCCACAUGUUGUUAUGUUACAGCCUUAUUCUAAAAUGGAUUAAAUAAAACAUUUCCCUAAUCAAUCUACACACAAUACCCCAUAAUGACAAAGCAAAAACAGGUAUUUAGAAAUUGUAGCAAAUUUACAUAAGUAUUCAGACCCUUUUUUUAUGCGACGCGAAGUUGACCUCAGGUGAAUCCUGUUUCCAUUGAUCAUCCUUGAUGUUUCUACAACUUCAUUGGAGUCCACCUGUGGUAAAUUCAAUUGAUUGGACAUUAUUUGGAAAGGCACACACCUGUCUAUAUAAGGGUCCACAGUUGACAGUGCAUGUCAGAACAAAAAUCAAGCCAUGAGGUCGAAGGAGUUGUCCGUAGAGCUCCGAGACAGGAUUGUGUCGAGGCACAGAUCUGGGGAAGGGUACCAAAACAUGUAUGCAGCAUUGAAAGUCCCCAAGAACACAGUGGCCUCCAUCAAUCUUAAAUGGAAGACGUUUUGAACCACCAAGACUCUUCCUAGAGCUGACCGCCCGGCCAAACUGAGCAAUCGGGGGAGAAGGGCCUUGGUCAGGGAGGUGACUAACAACCUGAUGGUCACUCUGACAGAGGUCCAGAGUUCCUCUGUGGAGAUGGGAGAACCUUCCAGAAGGACAACCAUCUCUGCAGCACUCCACCAAUCAGGCCUUUAUGGUAGUGGCCAGAUGGAAGCCACUCCUCAUUAAAAGGCACAUGACAACCCGCUUGGAGUUUGCCAAAAGGCACCUAAAGGACUCUCAGACCAUGAGAAACAAAAUUCUCUGGUCUGAUGAAACCAAGAUUGAACUCUUUGGCCUGAAUGCCAAGCGUCACGUCUGUAGGAAACAUGGCACCAUCCCUACGGGGAAUCAUGGUGGUGGCAGCAUCAUGCUGUGGGGAUGUUUUUCAAUGGCAGAGACUGGGAGACUAGUCAGGAUCGAGGGAAAGUUGAACUGAGCAAAGUACAGAGAGAUCCUUGAUGAAAACCGUCUCCAGAGCGCUCAGGACCUCAGACUGGGGCGAAGGUUCACCUUCCAACAGGACAAUGACCUUAAGCACACAGCCAAGACAACGCAGGAGUGGCUUCGGGACAAGUCUCUGAAUGUCCUUGAGUGGCCCAGCCAGAGCCCGCUCCCCAUCCAACCUGACAGAGCUUGAUCUGCAGAGAAGAAUGGGUGGAAACUCCCCAAAUACAGGUGUGCCAAGCUUGUAGUGUCAUACCCAAGAAGACUCGAUGCUGUAAUCGCUGCUAAAGGUGCUUCAACAAAGUACUGAGUAAAGGGUCUGAAUACUUAUGUAAAUAAGAUAUUUCAGUUUAUUUAUUUAUAAAUUUGCAAAAAUGUCUAAAAACCUGUUAUUGCUUUGUCAUUAUGGGGUAUUGUGUGUAGAUUUCAUGAGGGGGGGAAAAAACUAUUUUAUCCAUUUUAGAAUAAGGCUAUACAGUGGGGGAAAAAAGUAUUUAGUCAGCCACCAAUUGUGCAAGUUCUCCCACUUAAAAAGAUGAGAGAGGCCUGUAAUUUUCAUCAUAGGUACACGUCAACUAUGACAGACAAAAUGAGAAAAGAAAAUCCAGAAAAUCGCAUUGUAGGAUUUUUUAUGAAUUUAUUUGCAAAUUAUGGUGGAAAAUAAGUAUUUGGUCACCUACAAACAAGCAAGAUUUCUGGCUCUCACAGACCUGUAACGUCUUCUUUAAGAGGCUCCUCUGUCCUCCACUCGUUACCUGUAUUAAUGGCACCUGUUUGAACUUGUUAUCAGUAUAAAAGACACCUGUCCACAACCUCAAACAGUCACACUCCAAACUCCACUAUGGCCAAGACCAAAGAGCUGUCAAAGGACACCAGAAACAAAAUUGUAGAACUGCACCAGGCUGGGAAGACUGAAUCUGCAAUAGGUAAGCAGCUUGGUUUGAAGAAAUCAACUGUGGGAGCAAUUAUUAGGAAAUGGAAGACAUACAAGACCACUGAUAAUCUCCCUCGAUCUGGGGCUCCACGCAAGAUCUCACCCUGUGGGGUCAAAAUGAUCACAAGAACGGUGAGCAAAAAUCCCAGAACCACACAGGGGAACCUAGUGAAUGACCUGCAGAGAGCUGGGACCAAAGUAACAAAGCCUACCAUCAGUAACACACUACGCCGCCAGGGACUCAAAUCCUGCAGUGCCAGACGUGUCCCCUUGCUUAAGCCAGUACAUGUCCAGGCCCGUCUGAAGUUUGCUAGAGUGCAUUUGGAUGAUCCAGAAGGAUAUUGGGAGAAUGUCAUAUGGUCAGAUGAAACCAAAAUAUAACUUUUUGGUAAAAACUCAACUCGUCGUGUUUGGAGGACAAAGAAUGCUGAGUUGCAUCCAAAGAACACCAUACCUACUGUGAAGCAUGGGGGUGGAAACAUCAUGCUUUGGGGCUGUUUUUCUGCAAAGGGACCAGGACGACUGAUCUGUGUAAAGGAAAGAAUGAAUGGGGCCAUGUAUCGUGAGAUUUUGAGUGAAAACCUCCUUCCAUCAGCAAGGGCAUUGAAGAUGAAACGUGGCUGGGUCUUUUCAGUAUGACAAUGAUCCCAAACACACCGCCCGGGCAACGAAGGAGUGGCUUCGUAAGAAGCAUUUCAAGGUCCUGGAGUGGCCUAGCCAGUCUCCAGAUCUCAACCCCAUAGAAAAUCUUUGGAGGCAGAUGAAAGUCCGUGUUGCCCAGCGACAGCCCCAAAACAUCACUGCUCUAGAGGAGAUCUGCAUGGAGGAAUGGGCCAAAAUACCAGCAACAGUGUGUGAAAACCUUGUGAAGACUUACAGAAAACGUUUGACCUGUGUCAUUGCCAACAAAGGAUAUGUAACAAAGUAUUGAGAAACUUUUGUUAUUGACCAAAUACUUACUUUCCACCAUAAUUUGCAAAUAAAUUCAUUAAAAAUCCUACAAUGUGAUUUUCUGGAGAAAAGAAAUCUCAUUUUGUCUGUCAUAGUUGACGUGUACCUAUGUUGAAAAUUACAGGCCUCUCAUCUUUUUAAGUGGGAGAACUUGCACAAUUGGUGGCUGACUAAAUACUUUUUUACCCCCACUGUAAGGUAACAAAAUGUUGAAUAAUCAAGGGGUCUGAAUACUUUCCGAAUGCACUGUAUAAACAAUUUGAACAGAGCUUAUUGUGACGUCAAUUUAUCUGUUUCAGGCGGCACUCAUGGGACACAAAUCUUGGGAAGCGAAACAGGGUAACACGUUCUAUUUGUAUAUCGCCUUGAAUAUGUAAUAUCCUGUGAAAGUGACGGCCUCUUAUGCUUUACUUCCGUAUCGUUCCCCGUGCUGUUUUGAAUAGACAUAGUGGUUAUAUCUUCAAAUUCAUGAAAAUGCGGGCAUUUAAAAUGUAUACAGUGGGGGAAAAAAGUAUUUAGUCAGCCACCAAUUGUGCAAGUUCUCCCACUUAAAAAGAUGAGAGGCCUGUAAUUUUCAACAUAGGUACACGUCAACUAUGACAGACAAAUUGAGAAAAAAAAAUCCAGAAAAUCACAUUGUAGGAUAUUUAAUGAAUUUAUUUGCAAAUUAUGGUGGAAGAUAAGUAUUUGGUCACCUACAAACAAGCAAGAUUUCUGGCUCUCACAGACCUGUAACUUCUUUAAGAGGCUCCUCUGUCCUCCACUCGUUACCUGUAUUAAUGGCACCUGUUUGAACUUAUCAGUAUAAAAGACACCUGUCCACAACCUCAAAUAGUCAUACUCCAAACUCCACUAUGGCCAAGACCAAAGAGCUGUCAAAGGACACCAGAAACAAAAUUGUAGACCUGCACCAGGCUGGGAAGACUGAAUCUGCAAUAGGUAAGCAGCAUGGGUGAAGAAAUCAACUGUGGGAGCAAUUAUUAGGAAAUUGAAGACAUACAAGACCACUAAUCUCCCUCGAUCUGGGGCUCCACACAAGAUCUCACCCCGUGGGGUCAAAAUGAUCACAAGCAAAAAUCCCAGAACCACACAGGGGGAACUAGUGAAUGACCUGCAGAGAGCUGGGACCAAAGUAACAAAGCCUACCAUCAGUAACACACUACGCCGCCAGCGACUCAAAUCCUGCAGUGCCAGACGUGUCCCCCUGCUUAAGCCAGUACAUGUCCAGGCCCGUCUGAAGUUUGCUAGAGUGCAUUUGGAUGAUCCAGUAGAGGAUUGGGAGAAUGUCAGAUGAAACCAAAAUAUAACUUUUUGGUAAAAACUCAACUCGUCGUGUUUGGAGGACAAAGAAUGCUGAGUUGCAUCCAAAUAACACCAUACCUACUGUGAAGCAUUGGAGUGGAAACAUCAUGCUUUGGGGCUGUUUUUCUGCAAAGGGACCAGGACGACUGAUCCGUGUAAAGGAAAGAAUGAAUGGGGCCAUGUAUCGUGAGAUUUUGAGUGAAAACCUCCUUCCAUCAGCAAGGGCAUUGAAGAUGAAACGUGGCUGGGUCUUUUCAGCAUGACAAUGAUCCCAAACACACCGCCCGGGCAACGAAGGAGUGGCUUCGUAAGAAGCAUUUCAAGGUCCUGUAGUGGCCUAGCCAGUCUCCAGAUCUCAACCCCAUAGAAAAUCUUUGGAGGGAGUCGAAAGUCCGUGUUGACAGCCCCAAAACAUCACUGCUCUAGAGGAGAUCUGCAUGGAGGAAUGGGCCAAAAUACCAGCAACAGUGUGUGAAAACCUUGUGAAGACUUACAGAAAACGUUUGACCUGUGUCAUUGCCAACAAAGGGUAUAUAAGAAAGUAUUGAGAAACUUUUGUUAUUGACCAAAUACUUAUUUUCCACCAUAAUUUGCAAAUAAAUUCAUAAAAAAUCCUACAAUGUGACUUUCUGGAUUAUUUUUUUCUCAUUUUGUCUGUCAUAGUUGACGUGUACCUAUGAUGAAAAUUACAGGCCUCUCUCAUCUUUUUAAGUGGGAGAACUUGCACAAUUGGUGGCUGACUAAAUCCUUUUUUUUCCCCACUGUAUAAAAUUAUAUUUGUGUUUGUGGAUGAAUUGACUUCUACCAGAUACCUUUUUAUGACGUUUUUGCACUUGAAGACCAGUGCACUAAGUUUCUGCGCAUUGAAGACCUUUUUUUUUUUACUACGAAAGUUGAGAAACUACAAGGCUGAAGGGCAGUCACUUCCUGCUUACUUUCACUGCGUAUUCUCACCAACAAAAAUCACUUAUACAUUAGCUAAGAGCUUCAUCACCCCGAUCAGCGAUGGUCAACUGCAAAGUAUAUUUUUUAAACAAAUCUAUUCAUCGAUAUUAAAUGUAUAAUUGUGGUGAUUACACCCAUAUUAUUAGUGAAUUAAGUUUAACAUAAAUACCUCUGUUUUUAUUUACUUAUUCUAGCUUCAUUGAAAAAACCAAAGCAACGGCAUGGUCCCAGAACGGUAGCCAGUAUGCUGAACCAGAAGGGAAAGGAACAGCAGAACAGUCAGCAACAGAACAGUCAACUUGUGAUGAUGUUCCCUCAGACCUUUGUCAUUGCACAGCCUGUAGUACAGUCCACCCCACAUCCAGCGGUCCCCUUCACUCCAACUUCCAGACAACAACUCAUGCCUUCCACACUUACCCAACCCGGACCCUCUACCCCCAGCCGACCCAUACCCGCCACACCUGGUCAACCUGUACCCUCUACCCCCAGCCGACCCAUACCCUCUACCCCCAGCCGACCCAUACCCUCCACACCUGGUCAACCUGUACCCUCUACCCCCAGCCGACCUAUACUCCCUGCUCCUGUCCAAUCCUCAACCAUAAUAGACAGGGUGAAUGUUCAGGCAAAUGAGAGUCCUUCAGCAAAGAAACGCAAUCGCAAACCUACUGAGAAAGCACAGGCCAACAAAGAGGUCAAGGAUGCUGCAAUUGCUAAAAAGUCAGUGGAACAGUCGCCCAAACGCAAGAAAGCCCGUAUGCAAAGUCCUCCCAAUGGAAACCUGGUUGGCCAAGUUUCGGACAUAAUUCUGUCCCCUCCACAAACUGCCUGGGUCCUGACGCCCAAUGGACUUGUGCCAAUCAGUGGCAUUGGCAUCCAGAUGACACCUCAGAAUCUACCAGAAAAGGCUUUUGCACCUGCUUGUCGAUCGCCUGUUAUUAUCAACCAGCAAGUCCCUCUAACACUAAAUGCUGCUGCAGCACAGGCCUCCUCCAAUGUGACCGAUGUCUGCCCAUCUCCCUCUGCCUCAUCCAUAGCACAGGGAACUGCCUCCCCAUCUGUUUUCUCCUCUCCCUCUGCCUCCACUACCUUCAUAAGCAAUACUGCUCCAAGGAUGACCAACCCAGUGAACAACGUGAGAAUGACUAACCCAGUCCUGCAGACUGUGGCAACCACUGCUCCCCAGCUCAAUGCAGUGUCACCUGUUCUCUCCGUCCCCAUGAACACGGUCAUCUCGGCUCCCAUCAGACCACAGACUGGCCUGCCACAGGCUUUAGUCCUCAAUGUCCCUCCAGGCUCUCUUCCGGCCUCAUUCCCUCAGGGAGCCUUCCGAAUCGUGCAGCUUAACCCCCCUAAACGUGCCCCUCCACCCCGCAAUCCAGAGCUAAUACAGUUUGAUCCCAACCUGAUGUUCACGGAGGACCCGGCCCAAGUGAGAGAGUGGUUGAACGGCAAGAAUGGAGUUGCGCUUCCGGAGUUGGACGUCACUCUGCCCUACCUUCCCCCCUUUGUCAGCAACUUGAAUACGCUGUCGAAUGUCCUGAAAUGUAAAAAGACGUUGGCCAUUAGUGCCAUGCUGGUCCUGCGCCCAGAGGAGAAAGAGAACCUGGAAGAGGAGCAGCAGGUAGCGGCAGUGCGGAGCCUCGUGGCAGAGCGUUUCAGCCAUAACCCGGGCUACGUGCUCUUGAAGGCUCGCUUCUUGUCUUGUUUCACCAUGCCUGCUCUUCUGGCUACUAUCAAUCCAGUCAAACUUUCCAAGUCUCCCACCCCGGACCACAGUGAUGUGGAGGAGGAACCGUUCAGGAACCGUCCUGGGGAGCAGAAGUAUACUGUGUCUGUACAGCCAACAGCACUCCAGGUGAGUUCAGCCUCAAACCAAUCAUCCUUCAUGUGUUCGAUACACUGCCUUUCUGUCCUCUUCUCUCACUGAACCGUUGAGCGGAUCUUGUUUUGUUCUUUUCUCAGGCCCCUCUGCUAAGCACUGAUGGAACAGGAGCCCCCGCCACCUUCUUCUCCGGAAUCACCACAAGAAAUAAAAGCCGCAACCUCGACAUGGACACGGAGUAA